AUGUACCCUAGCGAUACAGAGGAGAGACCAAAGUCCAGGCUAUUCAGCCUCGGAAUUCUGCCGACCGCUCUGCCGGCGCCGCCUUGCUACCCUGCUCGCUUGUUGCCGUCUAACCCGGAAUACGCUGAAAAUGUGUUCUAUGAAAGACCUGGCGAGGGUGUGUCCUCUGCGCCAGCACCAAGGUUGAAGGGUGGGCCCGGGUGCAACGGUAUAGUGCGCGUCGGAGACGUGGUGCAUACAAACCACGGCAUAUAUUAUGUGGACAGUUUGAGUUUCCACCACAAGCCGAAAGUCUUCGCCGCUACGGUGUAUCAACUGGUCCGCGUACCUACUCUGCGGCGGAAGAUUCCCCUGCACCAGCUGCCGCGCAAGUUCCACAUCAUGUUUGGAGAGAUGGAAUUAUGUGCAAUAUCACCCUCAAAAGAGCUCAUGACCUCGGAGUUCACUCGUCACGCCACGACGACGGUGUUCGACCCGGCGAUCAUUUCCCUCCCGUUUAACGAUCUCCCAUUUGUGUAUCUCCGUCGCAACGUGUUCCUGCACGAGGUCCGCUCGCGCGCUGAAAAGACGUCUUACUACGUACUGAAAAACCGGAACAGGGUCGACAUCUGCCCGGGGACUUGCGAUUUCGGGCACAUAUAUGGCCCGGACAUCGACAUCCUCCGCUACUGCUACCACUGCGAGAGGUGGCUCCACGCCAGAUGCCUCGACCGCGUUUGCGACGAGCAUGUGGACGAGCUCCUCGCACGCGACUUGCAGUGGAAGCUGCCCAGCAAUCCCACCAGAACCGACCUCCUGUGGUGGUUCCUUGUCUCGGGGCCCAUUGAGCGCAAGCCGCUCUCUCUGCUUCACCCUGGUCGUCCCGGGAUAGCGGACAAGAAGGAGAGGUCCGUCGUCAAGGCAACCUCCAUACCUAGCGGAUGGGAGAUAGCGACUCGUUACUGCAACAAGGACUGCCAACUGGCCGACUUCACACGAGUGCACAGGCGUGAAUGCGAGACGUUUGUGCACCUCCCCACGACUAUGGCGUUCCUAUCAACGGUCGAAAAUGAACAACAGUUCCCACCGCACCCAAUCUUUGCGCGCUCGCACCAAGAACACGUCGGCUGCUGGGUCUCCAUUGACGGCCGAAUUGACGGCUCGUUGCAAACGUUGAUGGAAAGCUUGGACCCUGUGGGGAUGACGAGCCGCAUGAUGCACAUCCUGGCUGCGCCUGCUUGGACGGCGAGCCUCGAGACGAUGCGGGCACACAGGGCAUGUGCGCGGAGCAUUCUCACCCUCCGCGUGCUUGUGCAGAACCGUCGCAAGGAUAAGACCCCGAUCCUGGUGUUCGCAUCCCAAUCACAAGUCCUGAGUCUGCCAUCCUCGACCGCCGCAGUGCAGCGGGGAGCGGGGCAACACGAGUACAACGGCAUUGCGACCUUCAACCUGGACAAUGCGCCGCGUGUGGCUAUCGGCGUUGCCCGUGACCCUUGGUACAAGGUCCCCCGGCUGUCUAUCCGGCAGUUCAACAACGUCGAGCUGGUGAACGAUGCUCCGCUCCGAACACAAAUCAAGGACGCCAGCGACGGUAUCGUGCUUCUGAACACGGGCGACUUUGUCGUCUUCCACCUACAAUUCCGCGUCGGUGAUGGUGAGACUAUCUCCACAGACUGGCAGGCGCUCAGCGCCCUGGAGGCGAUUUUCGUCCCUUGGCUGCCGUGGGAUGGGGUAGAACAGCCGACGUCCCUUUCCAGCACGCUGCCGACCGUCCAAUCACGGGCUCCUGCGGAUGCUACGCCGGCGCUCGGGAGGCUACUCCGCGCGGGGAUCGACCAAAGUGCCGUAAAGGACUACUUUUCUGACUUAAUGGAGCUCGGCGAGGAAGCUUACAUAGAGAGCCACUUUGGCCCAGGCCGCGCCGACAUUGUGGGCAGAAUGGACGCUAUCAUGAACACGCUGGUGAUGGAGAUGAUUGGGGACAUCUCACGUGCUGGUAACAUUCGCGCGUUGAUCCAGCGCAUCUCCGACGCCGGUUUGGAAAGCCUGCUCGACAAAUUUGUAGUGCGCAACUAA